AUGAAGUUCUCGCUCCUAUGCUUCGCCUUUGGCGCCUUGGCAGCCACUAUUGAGACACGAGACGCUGCCGUGAUAGUGAAAGAUGUCCAAGCGGUGACUAACGCCGUGAAGGACGCUGACACGACCGUCACUAGCUUUAGCGGCAACGCCGACGCCGAGAACUUGAAGAGCAAGCUGGACGCUAUCUAUAGCGCGCUUUCCCAAGGUGCCACUGAUGCCAAAGCUUCCGGUGAUAUCUCUCAGGAAGAUGCGCUUGGUCUUGCAUCUCCCGUCCAGGAUUUGGCAAAGGCUGUCCAGCAAGCGGUUACGGACCUCACUGGCAUGAAGAGCGCGAUCAUUUCCGCGGGUAUCGCCCAAGAUGUGUAUCGGAAGCUCACCGAGUCCGAUGCGGCACAGAAUGACUUUGUGAGCGCCGUGCUUGCGAAAGUCCCCCCAACACUUGCUGCGGUUGCGACAGGACUCGUCAAACCAGUCCAGGACAGUUUGGCCAGCGCUAUCGCGGAAUUCAAAGACGCUGGUGGCCCUUCGUCUGGAAGUGUUUCGGCAAGCUCAUCUCCAGCUCCAGCCGCAGCGCCGGCUCCUGCCCCAGCACUGGAAAGUGGUAAGAUGAUGGCCGCCAUCUAA